UAUCCCAGUGCUAAGCAAAAGAUACGUCCCGGUGAUUUUUGCAAAGGCCAGCUCGUCAACGGCACAAUCACUCCUCUCCCGGAUAGACACAGCUUCAUCAUCACCCCUUAUUCUGACAGGCGACAGGGAAAUCUCGUCCGCGUCCUGAGCAUAAUCCACCAUCAAAAAGUCAAGGAGCUUUACUGCAUCUUUUGCUGUGAGAACAGCCAGGGAAUUCAAGUCGUACAAGGAGAAAUUGAUUUCCACGUAGACCGCUUCGACUUCCCGUACGGCACGGCCGAUCUGCUUUGUCUUCAGCCAGAAGACUGCGAAGCUCACUUCAUCUCUGUCCAUCCCUGGAAUCCCCAGCUGGAAUCGACCCAGCUGGCUCUAUUUCCCAUCCGAAACCUCUUCCCAGAGAAGCCCCCUUUAGACUUCACGAUCUGCAUGUCUACCAUGUUUGGGAAAUAUGAUAACGUCUUGCAGUUUGUACAGUCCAUGGAGCUGUACAGACUUCUGGGGGUCCAAAAGGUGACAAUAUACAAGAACAGUUGUAGCCCCCUCAUGGAGAAAGUCCUAGAUUAUUAUAUCUCCCAAGGCAUCGUGGAAAUCAUACCUUGGCCCAUCGAUUUGUACCUGAACGUCUCGACCCACUGGCAUUACUCCAUGGAAAGGAAAGAUUUAGGCUACUAUGGGCAAAUCGCGGCCUUGAACGACUGCAUUUACCACAACAUGUUUAAAAGCAAAUAUCUCUUGCUGAUUGACCCCGAUGAGUUUAUUCUUCCCGUGAACGAUAAAGACUGGAAGUCCCUGAUGGACAGAUUGGAAAAGGAACAUCCGGGAAUUGGGGUUUUCCUCUUUGAAAACCAGGUCUUCCGUCGGACUGUGUUCUCCGAGACUCCUUUCAACUUUUCGUCCUGGGCAGCGGUGCCGGGAUUUAACGUCUUUGAACAUAUCCACAAGGAACCCAACGACAUUCACAGUUUCAACAACAUGAAAAUGAUUCUGGAUCCAACCAGAGUCAUUCAGACCUCGGUCCAUUCCGUUCUCAAGCAGCACGGAACCUCCAUCCAGGUCCUCAGUGACCUCGCCUUUAACUUCCACUGCAGGAUCCUCGAACGUAAGGAUGUGCACGAUAGAGAUUUGAUUCGAGACCCAAUCUUCUGGAGAUACAACAAAACUUUGAUCCCAAAAGUGAAUGAUGUCUUACUUAAAUCCGGUAUUUUAGCAGCCUGUGACCAGGUGCAAAAGCAACAAAAGUUAGUGCCUUCAUAAAUAGCAUCUGUGUGUCUGUGUGUGUCUCUGUGUGUGGAUGUGUGUGUGUACACUCACAUCUAUACUGUCAUGUGAAUGGGAAUCAUUUCAGACUUACCCAUGGUUAGAUAAGGUUCAAUGGCAUUCAAUGGGAGGGUUAGACUUCGCCUACUUGUGUCCAUGUAGGGAUUCCAGACAAUUCCUUGCUUGACUCCUCCUCUUGGCUAGGUCCAGUCUCUCUCUAACAUACACACAUACAAUUAUGCACACAAACACACAUUCCUCAAUUGGUUGCAUCUACCUCUCCAUCUUGACACUGUUUCUACCUCAGG